UAUAUCUCCCAAUAUGCCUGAGCCAGCCAAGUCCGCGCCCAAGAAGGGCUCCAAGAAAGCCGUCACCAAGGCCCCCGGCAAGGGCAAAGGCAAACGCAGGAAGGGAAGGAAGGAGAGCUACGCUAUCUACGUGUACAAGGUAUUGAAACAAGUGCACCCCGAUACCGGUAUCUCCUCUAAGGCCAUGAGCAUCAUGAACUCCUUCGUCAACGACAUCUUCGAGCGCAUCGCUUCUGAGUCGGCCCGCUUGGCGCAGUACAACAAGCGCUCCACCAUAACGUCCAGGGAGAUCCAGACCGCCGUGCGCCUCCUUCUUCCGGGCGAGCUGGCCAAGCAUGCCGUCUCUGAGGGCACAAAGGCCGUCACCAAGUACACCAGCUCCAAGUAAAGAUCUCUCGCUCUCAACAAACAAAAGGUUCUUUUAAGAGCCCCACACUUCAACCUUUGGAGCAAUUUUCCUAUGUUACCGAUGUAUGAAUGAUACCACUGGGUCCCAAUGUUCUUAUCAAUAAUACCGAAUUGAUAACAAUACAGUGCAAAUACACCUGCUGACCCCAAAAGGACUGAGUUUACAAAUAUCUUAAAAGAGCGGAAUAUAAUGAGAAAAGACACAUUUUUAUUAUUUAUUUCUUACACUAAUUAACUUUGAUCAUAUAUAACACAAUUCUGUGUCUUUGAUAUGUAAGUGCGAUUUUAACCUCCACAUAUUAAACUGGGCUUUCUAACAA